AUGUCAAAGAAAGGAGGAGCCGCAGCGGCUACUCAGCUCGUGAAGCUCCUAGUGCCAGCGGGAAAGGCGAGCGCACAACCUCCCGUGGGACCUGCAUUGGGCAGCAAGGGAGUCAAAGCAAUGGAUUUCGCCAAGCUAUUCAACGAACGCACAGCCCAUCUAGAACCCGGUCUCCCUACACCGGCAGUAAUCACCAUUUCCCCCGAUAGGACCUUCACCUUCACCCUCCGCACCCCUCCCACCUCUCUCCUCCUCAAACGCGCAGCAGGCAUCACGACGGGCUCCGGUCGAGCAGGAAGUACAGGUAGCGAAGGGGUCGCGGGGACGGUGAGCGUUAAACACAUCUAUGAGAUCGCAAAGAUCAAGAUGGCAGAUGUAAAGGGGGUAGGGGAGGAGAAGAUGUGCAAGGUCGUUGCAGGUAGUGCGAGGAGUAUGGGGAUUAGAAUCGUCAGGUGA